GCAGAAAUUUCAAUUGAAAGGAUUAUGGCAUCCCAAGGUAUAACCAUAUCAGCCUCAACCCUUGCAUUGAGGAUCUUGACUCUGUUGGCUUUGGUUGCUUGUGUGGCGUUAUUUAUCGUCAACUCUGCCUCUGUCACAGUCGUUAUAGAGGAUUUAACCUUGAGCAAUGAACCCACCAAAAUCACUUUCAAGGAUUAUAUUGCUUACAGGUUCGUGGUCUCUACAGCAGUUAUUGGAACAGCAUAUACAAUGUUGCAGCUACCUUUUGCUCUGAACUAUGCCUGUACUGGAAAGAGAAUGAUGCAAUGCUUGCCAGAAUUCGACUUCUAUGGAGACAAGGUGAUCAGCUUCCUUCUUGCCACCGGAGUUGGUGCUGGUUUUGGUGUCAGUUUUGAGUUGAAGUCUUUUGCUAAGGAUUUAUUUAAAGCUAUUGAAGAUCCCACUGUUCCAGAUAUACAAGAAUCUAAAGCUAGUUAUAGCAGAUUCUUUAACAGAGGAAUUAUUGCUAGUGCUGUUUUGUCCGUGGGAUUCCUUUGCAUGGCUACAAUUUCAGUCCUAUCAUCUAUCAACCGAACAGGAAAGAAGGGUUUCUUCAACUGAUAUUUUCGUAAACUAUACAAAUAUAUGUAUCUUUACAUGUAUUACACAAUAAAUAAUUGAUGGUUCAUUCAA